UAAUGAAAUUAUCAUUGAUGAUAAACCAAUUGAUUUGAACAACAAAAUAUCUCCAUUUUACUCAUUGAAUCAAUUAGAUCAAUUGGACAUUAACUGACUGACAGUGCAAAAUAAUAUAGUUUGUUUGCUAGCCAUUAUGAAACCGAUACCUAAACUGAUGAUGAUGGCUAUCGUUGUUACGAUUGUCAUCAUUUUGUUGAUCACUAAUUCGAUUCAAGCUCAACAAUUAAUUCGUAAUAAACGUGGCCUUUCUGAUUUUUUCAAACGAUUCUGGAAUAUUCGCAAAAAAGUCAAUCCUAUGCCGUACCAGUCUGAAUCAUCAAUUUAUCCUAGUUCAAUGAAUCAAGAUUAUAUGAUGUCACAGGCAUCAAAUUAUUAUCCAAUUUAUCAGCUUAGCCAACCGUCCAACCAAUACGGCCCACAAUAUGCGCCACAAUUUUACAGUGAAUCUGCUCCAAUUGGACAGGCAAAUCAAAUUGAUUAUCAAGAAUACCCAUUACGCCAAGGAAGCAAUAACUAUUAUCCAGUAUCGAACCAAUAUCCCCAACAGUCAGAGUAUCAACAAGGAAAUGGUCAUCAAAAUAUUCAACCAGAUGAAUCGAUUCAAAAGCCUAGCUAUUAUUAUCCAAAAAAAGGAGGUCAAAUCGGAACAUCUCCUUAUACGUUCCAUGCAAAUCCUAGCCAGGCCAAUGCAUUCAAUAGUAAACCAUAUGGUAAUCAACCGGGUACAUUAGAUGUACAUCAAGUACUAGAUCAAUUUAUUCGAUCGGCUGGUCUAAGUCCACACGGUGAUCAUGAAAAUGCUAACAAAGAUCGGGCCUACAAUGAAGACCAAGCACUUUCCGUUAAAAAACUUUAUUCAUAUCCAUUCUAUUUCUCAUCAUCAGGAGAUCGACCGCAUACGAUUCGUCGACAAUCAAUAGACGAGGCAAACUAUAUUGAUGAACAACCAAUGCCAAAAGUGAUCGCACAAAGAGUUAAUAAGCCCAUAUCAGCAGCCAAAAUUGAACUACCGGUAAUGAAUGGUAAACAAACGCAACCGAUACAAACUCAAACGAUAGCGGAUAAUGAUUCAACAGUGGCUGCCGUAUUGUUGGAUGAUGAAAAUUCGUUUAUAGCUAAAAAUGCAGCUGCACUUCAAGAAUUUUUGGCCAACAAACCAUCUUCGAAAAACAAUAACAAUGAUGCGCAGACCGACGACUAAAAAAAGAAGUCGAUAACGGUAACGGGAGAUAAUCCAAGGCAGUAGUACCCAUUCGAGAAACAAAAAAACGAUUAACUUAUUGAUGGCCUUUUUUGUGUACAUUGGCUUCGAUUCGAUUCUCAUCAUCAUCAUUAUCACACGGAACUCAUCAUACAAAAACACUAUACCUGCAGACAAAACCAGUAUUGAUUUUUUUUAAAUUUUGAUUACUUCAAACAUAUAGAUUUUACACAUAACAAGAUAUGACCAUAGGUUACAUGAACAUUGACACACACACACACAAUCUCUAUUCAUUCGUU